AUCUCCACGAGCCUAUAAACCCGCCACCACCACGAACUCCACAAGCUCUCCAGCUCCAAGUAGAAGCCAAGUCAAAAAUGGAGGUCAUGAUGCGUCCCGCCUCACCCCCGCUGCCGCGGCAGGACUUCCGGCUCGACAGCGCGGCCACGAGCCCGUACGCCACGGCGCCGUCCAGCCCGCACGGCCGCCUCGCCGCCGCCGGGUCCGAUAGCCCGUUCGGCUCCGUCGAGGCAGCGGCCGCGGGCAGCCCGUUCCUGACGGCGCCUCCUUCGCCGACUCCGUUCGACCAACUGCCACCGGUCACGCCGCGCCUCACCGGCGCCAACCCCUUCGACCUUUUCCAGCACUUCUCCAGCGCGCCCGCAAGCCCCAGGCGCGCCGCGGCCAUAUACGCCCACUUCGCGGACCGCAACCGCGACGGCGACGAAGAUGAGGACGACGACGACGACGAGGGGUUCCAGCCGCGCUCGUCCUACUCCACCACCGGCGCCUCGGCCGUGCCGUUCGACUGGGAGGAGAGGCCCGGGACGCCCAAGGCCGGGCUGGGCGGCGGGGCGGCUGCGUGGGAUGACGCGGACUUCGAGUUCGGCACCGUCGCCGACAAGACCGCACCGGCGGAGAGCCUGACGACGGCCGACAAGCUGUUCGAGAAGGGUAGAAUUCGGCCGCUCAAGCCUCUGCCCCUGCUCAAGACGGGCUCCGACCUCUCUGACAAGGGAAAGAUCAGGCCGCUGAAGCCGCCGCCUGGCCUGCUCGACGGCGGGAGCGUCGGGUCGUCGCCGCGAUCGCCGAUGACGAUGAGGUCUCCCCGGCGACGGAGCAGGGUCGGCUCCGGCACCGACUUCGACCCGUUCGCGGCGGCGCUGCUGGAGGCAACCAAGGCGCCCUCCCCGCUCGGCGGGAAACACAAGAGCAGCAGCGUCGCGUCAGGUUCGCCGCCCCAUCAAGCCGACCCGUUCACCACCCGUCCGGCAUCCAAGAGCGCCGGGUGGAGGAAGUGGCGACUCAGCGACCUGCUCCUGUUCCGGAGCUCCUCUGAAGGCGGUCGCGUCAACAAAGACCCGCUAUUCAAGUGCUCGCCGACCGAGAAGGUGAGCCCGCCGCCGGCGAUGAUCAAAGUCGGUACCAUGGACAAGCUGUCCAAGAAGCAGGGCGGCGACAAGAGCGCCGCAGCGGCGGCAGAGGGCAUCGUCGGGUGCGCAAGGCUGAGCCCGCUGCAGCGACUGGCCAGAGGGCUCGGCGGGCACUCGUGGCACCACGGCCGCGGCGUGGCGUCGCCGGGGAUCAAAGGGUAGAGAAGAAUCCUCUGCUCUAGCCUGUAGCCGUCAUCCCUCGCUUUGUUCAUAGAAGAGGUGAUGGUUUUCCUUUUCCUUCUUUUCUGAAAAAAAUCAAACAAUGUCUUGGUGUUGAUUUUCUCCUCUUUGUUGAGCUUGAUUGUGCUAUAUUUGUAUAUGUGGUCAUGCGUACACAUAAUAGAAGAGAUCAUAAAAGUGAGAAUUUGUUAA